AUGUCUGGCACUGGCAAUGACUUUCAGAACGGUGCGCCGUUCUAUCUCGAUGCGACACAACAGGACCUGCUCCUUGCAGCUCUGGCUUCGAACAGCCAGAACCCAAAUGAUCUCUUCUCGGACAUCAACGGAUUAGAUGGGAAGCAGGGUUUUGGUAACGAUCAGUUCCAGUACCCUGUCAGCAACCUGGAUCCCACUACUUUCUUCUCGCCGCAACAGAGCACUCCCGCCAACGCGUUCAGCACCAUGGGCGUGGACGAGAGCCCCUUCAUCGAUUACCUCGACGGCGACACGUCCCUCAACUUUGAUGCCGACAACGACGAACCUCGCAUGAUCGGUUCUCUUCCUGGUGAUUCGCCUGAAGGUGACUCGAACGAGAAGCGCAAGAGCCCGUACGACGACGAUGACGACGACGAAGAAGAAGGUGGCGGUAAGCGACGGGAAGGUGACGAUAAGCAGGCGAAGAAGCCUGGUCGCAAACCACUAACCUCAGAGCCUACUACAAAGCGCAAAGCCCAGAACAGGGCCGCUCAGCGAGCUUUCAGAGAGAGAAAAGAGAAGCAUCUGAAAGACCUGGAAACCAAGGUCCAGGAUCUUGAAAAGGCAUCAGAUGCUGCCAACCACGAGAACGGCCUUCUUCGUGGCCAGGUGCAGCGAUUGCAGACAGAAUUGCGCGAAUACCGCAAGCGUCUCUCCCUCAAUAGUGCUGGCGUCAACCGCACGGCUCCUGCAGCAGGCUUCAGUUCCAUGCUGAACAACAGCAACAGCAACUUUCAAUUUGAAUUCCCACGAUUUGGAGGCCUCCCGGGCAGUCAGCUUCUGGAGAAUGGCCCGCUAUCCAAGCCGAAGUCGGCCUCUACAUCGUCGACCCGACCAGCUGUCCAAACUUUCAGUCCAUCGAACUCGGCCACCGGAUCUUUUGUUCAAUCGCCGGUGGCUGGUGUCAGUCCUGCGGCCAACAGCUCCCGGUCAGGCAGCACUGCUAGUCCACGCAGCGUCAACAAUAUUCCACAGAAGCCUCACCGCAGUAGCACGGACAGCUCGGUCGUGUCACAAUCGCGUGUUUUUCAGUUCAAUAGCAGUCCAUCGACGCACUCUGACUCUCCCUCCACCUCGUCUACCUCGCCGACAAAUCAAGACUCAUCGUGUGGCACUUCGCCAGAGCCGGGUCAAGCCUCGCCAGGCUUGAAGGACACGAUUGCAGACGGCUAUGUAUGUCAUGGCAACUCGGAAGGUGAGGUCUCCUUCUGCGAAAAGCUCAACAUGGCCUGUGGCAACCCGCGCAAUCCCAUCCCUCGUGCCAAAUCAUUGUCCAAAUCUGACGACAAACCAUCUCCUGCAGUCACACAAGCCAAAUCGCCUGGCCCCGAUCUAAACGGGAUCGAUUUCUUUGCCAACCAAAACGGUGGUGCAUUCGAGCCAAACCUUUUCGGAGAGUAUCGCGAUACAAACACUGCCAUCAUGGGCACCGAUGGCGACUUCAACAGCGGCUUCUUCAACGAUGCUUUCCUCAAUACUGGCUAUGGCAGCCCGUUCCAUUUCGGCGACACGCCAGCUGUGCAGAAGCCGAACCCUCUGGAGCAGAUUGAACGCAUACAGGACGGCGAGGAUGAGGUCGUGCCUGGUGAGGAUAUUGACCGGAUGCUCAAUUGCCACAAAAUUUGGGAUAAGCUCUCAAGUCGCCACGACUUCAAGGACGGCACGAUUGACAUCGAUAAUCUGUGCUCGGAGCUUCGUGCCAAGGCACGCUGUUCAGAGAGCGGUGUUGUUGUCGACCACAAGGACGUCGAAGAGGCUCUCAAGCGCCUGCCCAAGGACCAGCAGCCGCAACAAAUGUGGUCGCAGUAGACAGCCAGAUUUUUUUCUUUCAAUGUACCGGCUUUGUUUCGGCGAUACCAGUCAUUCGUUGGGCGCGAUCAGCAGCCUUUGGAGUUUGUGACGAUACGAUGACAUUCCCCGUUGGGACAUUGGCGUUGGUGGAGCAGUGAGGAUGAGCACUCAGAUGGAUCAUUCCUUGAGGAGCAUCAUGGGGGCGAUGGCUAGGCGUUGCGUUGGAUCCAACUCAGCUUCAUUCAGUCUGUAGUUCAAUUGAAACUUAAGUAAUUAUCAAGGAUUCGGCCUGCUCUCGCAAUUCGGCCUUCGCUCUGGUGCAGACUUAGCAGCGCUGUUCCCUGUCGAUAACGACCCAGCGAAAGCAUACAUUGCCUUCGUGACUUAUUCUAGAAAAGUCCAGUCGCGCACUACCCUCU